CCGCCUCGAUGAUCGACAAGCUGUCAAAGUCGUCCAAAGAACGCCCCUUUCAUCGAAAACGGUAAAGCGCAUGGCUAGACACAUGGCCUGCCGGCAACCUCCUUUCUGUUCUUGCGGUGUCUAAGUGGGGUAAGAGUAACCUCCCUCAGGUAUAAGACGUUGCUCUUCGGGAGACUGGACUUCAACUGUUGGAUCUGAAGUUUUCCUCUGUUAUUUUCGCUGGCACAGUGACAGAACGAUACACAUCAUGACGACUAUCGUGGAGAGGACAUCUUCCGGCAUCAUCUAUAAGACAUCGCAGCAGCGAGACCUCCCACAGCUUGACCUGUUGUCUGUCCUCUUCGACUCACCGGCAUGCGGAGCGAAGGAAGAUACUGUGAUUCAUGCCGACGCUGCUGAUCCCAGCAAAGCGGUCACUAAAGCCCAGCUUCGGCACUUGGUCAAGCGUUUGGCUUAUACUCUUCGUCAACGGUACGGCAUUGGUCAAGACGGGCCGGAAAAGGAUGUGGUGUUGUGUAUUUCGUCGGGGCACUUCCUCUUGCCCUGUCUGUUCUAUUCGACCAUAGCGGCGGGCGGCAUCUUCUCGUCAUCAAGUCCGGCAUCCACGGCUACCGAGUUCGCUGGGCAGAUCAAGCAGAUCGGGGCAAAGCUCAUUAUGUGCAAUGAAGACACCAAGGAAAUUGCUGCAGCCGCGGCCAAGCUGGCCAACCUCCCUGGCUUUCGAGUCCUUGUUCUGGGAUCACAGCCGCACCUUGAACUCACUGACUUGGAGCGACCGAAACCCAUUCCCAUCUCGACCAAAACCCUGGAGUGGCAACGUAUCACGGACACGACAGCCCUCGAGAACAGCAUUGUCUGCAUUCUCUUCUCGAGCGGAACCACUGGUUUACCCAAGAUGUGUAGGCUCUCGCACACCAACAUGGUAAGCGAGGCCUGUCUUGUGCUUGAUCCGAUCCGGGAGUAUGAGAAGGCAAGGGGGCGGGAUAUCGCGAAGGACUACCGGACCAUCGCCCACCUGCCGGCGGCACACAUUGCAGGUGUCCAGGGCUAUUUGGUCAACAGCUUCUAUAUGGGCGGGACCUUGUACUGGAUGCCUCGCUUUGACUUUGUCAAGUUCCUCGAGUACAACAAGAAGUACAAGAUCACGACCUUGGCCACGGUACCACCCAUCUGGUUGGCUAUUGCCAAAAGCCCUCUGGUUACAGAUCAGCUGGACUCGCUUGAGUGGGCUGUGACGGGCGCAGCUCCCAUGGGAAAGGAGCUCCAACUGGCAGCUCGGAAGAAGAUCGGGAAGGGCAAGGCGCAACUGAGUCAAACGUGGGGUUUGAGCGAGACGACGGGGUCAAUAACAGUAAUGCCGCGUGGAAUGGAUGAUGAAACGGGGAGUGUUUCGAUGCUGGUGAUGAACUGUCAGGCGCGGAUUGUUGACGAUGAUGGUAAGGACGUGGAACCAGGGCAAGCGGGCGAGCUUUGGGUCAAGGGUCCGAUUGUAACGAAGGGGUAUUAUAAGAACGAUGCAGCCAACAAGGAAGCCUUUGUGGAUGGUUGGUUCUGCUCUGGGGAUAUCGGGCUCUUUAAGGACGGCAUGUUUUAUAUUGUCGACCGGAAGAAGGAACUCAUCAAGUAUAAGGCCAUGCAAGUCGCACCGGCCGAGCUUGAGGCAUUGUUGGUCAGUCAUGCCAAGAUUGCCGAUGCGGCGGUGAUUGGAGUGGAAAGAGAAGACACUGAAGUUCCUCGGGCGUAUGUCGUGGCUGGCGAUGCGAAUCUCAAGGCUGAGGAGGUCAUGGACUGGGUUGCCAGCAAAGUGGCCAACCACAAGAAGCUUCGGGGAGGAGUGGUGUUUAUCGAUGCCAUACCCAAAAGUCCGAGUGGAAAGAUUUUGCGCAAGGAGUUGCGGGAGUUGGCAAAGAGGCAGGAUAAGGGGAGCAAGCUGUGAUGGGUGUUGCGAGUGCGAAGGGAGUAUGGAGUUGGGUUUCAUGGACCAGAACAUGCUGGCCGUAGGACUGUAACGUGGACCCGAGUCAUAAUGGUUGAUAGGGACCU